GGUCACGUGCCGGGGGUUGCAGGCUGGUCUAUGGCGUCGCUGCCGCCGCUCGUUCCCGUCCCGGUGCCGCAGAAGAAGCCGAUGAGGAACCCGUAUUACUUCUUCAUGCUGGAGAAGAUCCCCGAGUUGCGCCGGCAGGGCGUCGAGGUGCAGGGGCUGAGGGAUGCCGCCCCGCUCUGCAGCUCCGAUUGGGAGUCGCUGAAUGAAGUGGAGAAGGAAAAGUUUAUUCGGAUGGCACAUCAAUGGAAAGCUAAGAAGAAUAAUAAAACUCUGAACAAAUCUGAAGGAAAAGAACAGAUGCAAGAUCCUGUCUGCUUUGUAACUACAAGGGAAAUGAGCAAUCCUCAUGCCAACUGGUUUAGUGACAAAGAGGUUUGUGAAGAAGUUUUCCACUUUGUCAGCUUCCUGAGCCUGGCCGAUCUUCCUUUGAAUUGUGAACAACGCUUCCUUCCUUGUGAGAUGGCUUGUAUAAAAUAUUCCAUGAGGAAAGGCAUAAUAGAUGAGUUUCAUUGCUUCAUAGAUCCAGGCACAAUCCCGUGUGGCUUUCGAUAUCAUUGCCAGGUUUCAAGUGACAACACUCAUAAAAUUCCACUUUCAAACUUUGAACACGCCAGUUCCAAAUACAGAGAGAUCUUUCAGCAGUUCAUUGCUUUUCUGAAGCCAGGAAAAAGCAACUGCUUCCUUCCAGUUUAUUGUAAGUUGGCCGAGUGCUUCAGAGUGAGCUGGUGCCUGAACUGGUUAGCCUGCAAGUCAGGUGGCAGCAGCAUUCCAUUGAAGGCUUUUGAACUAGAAGAACUCGUAGUGAAACUUUAUGAGCACAAGUUAAAAGAAAAGCCUUCAAAGGAUUGUUUUGAAAGAAUGCUGGAUGUAAUGCUUUGGGAUUAUGCCUCAAAUACCAGGUGUAGGUGGCAUGAUGAACAUGACAUAAUGCAUUGUGCAUUAGCAACUACCAAGAAAUAUGCAUACUGCAUCAGUAAUUCAUUGGCUUCCGUGUACGAUUUUGAGAUAACAGCUGCACACAUUCCAAAAAAAGAGCUGUUCAGUGGCACUGUCUUGAAUCCUAAAGUAUUAGUAUUGGAUCAUUAUUGUCAGCCAGCUAAGCCCUUGCAGAAUCCGGCCGGACGCUAUUUCCAUUCACCCUCUGAAGCUAGCAUUUCCAGCGGUAAAAGUGGUGUUAUGACAUCCAGUGUGAUGGAUUAUCCAAUUGCUGCUCGGUUUGGGAGAGGGAGAGGUACUCUUGCUGCCUGGCUGAAUUUCCCAUCUCUCCCAACACCAGGAUUUCAGCAGUAGGUGCCCUGAAUUACAACUAAGUAAUUUAAAGAGAAACAAUACAACCAUUUAGUGUUCAAAGCUAAGUAUCUGCAAAUGGUGCAGCUGUGGAUAUAACAUGGGCACAGGAUUAUUAAAUAUAAUGUGAAACCUUAUAAUGGGUUGCUGAGGGAAAGAAUUUUGUGAUUACAGUUACAUGAUUGACAAAUCAGAUACUAAUUUUUGUUAAAUCAAUCUUCAUAGAAAAAAACUAAUUUUGCACACUGCAAGUAGCAUGUAAUUUCAAAUUGAGAUACAUAUUAUUACUUAAAAAAAAUUUAAAUGGCAAUUUUCUUUUGCUGGAGAAAUGAACCAAGUUAUGUGAUUAUUUUGUGUUCUAAUGACUAUGUUCCUGAAAUUGUUCCUGUUAAAAGUUGUUGUGAAAUAAAUGAUUUAACA